AUGCUCGAAGCGGGCGGAAUCAAUCGAGUGGAGUACGUGCACUCGAAGAGCUUCCUGCAUCGCGACAUCAAGCCGGACAAUUUCCUCAUGGGGCUGGGCAGGCGCGCCAACCAGGUGUACAUCAUUGACUUCGGGCUCGCUAAGAAGUACCGCGACCCCACCACGCACCAGCACAUCCCCUACAGAUCCUCUUCCCCCACCCAUCGCAUCCCCCCUCCCACCCCCCACCUUCCCCCCCUCCCGGUGCCCUGCCCCUGCAUCUUUUUCUCUAUCCACGCUAACCCGCGCUCGUCUCAUGUUGGUUUGCUUCGCGUGUGCUCUCCCGCUUCCUCUCCCCGCUUGGUCUCUCCCCUCCUCCCGUUCUUGGCCUCGUUCUCCUCUCCUCCCGCUCUUGGCCGCGUUCGCUUGGUGUGCGUGCGUGGUGUGCCUGGUCUGGUGCCGUGGUGCAGAGAGAACAAGAACCUGACGGGCACGGCUCGUUACGCCAGCAUCAACACACACCUUGGCAUCGAGCAAAGCCGGAGGGACGACCUGGAGUCCUUGGGCUACGUGCUCAUGUACUUUCUGCGAGGAAGCUUGCCAUGGCAGGGUCUAAAGGCGGGUACCAAGAAGCAGAAGUACGAGAAGAUUAGCGAGAAGAAAAUGUCUACUCCCAUUGAGGUGCUCUGCAAGGGCUAUCCCACGGAGCUCGCGUCCUACUUCCACUACUGCCGCUCGCUGCGCUUCGACGACAAGCCCGACUAUGCGUACCUCAAACGCCUCUUCCGUGACCUCUUCAUUCGCGAAGGCUUCCAGUUCGACUACGUGUUUGACUGGACCAUUCUCAAGUACCAGCAGUCGCAGGCCUCUGUCGCCCCGACCCGCAUGAUGACGCGGACUUGGCUCGUCGCAGGUCCCCCAUGGAGAGCCCGCGGCACCGAAGCCCCAUGCCGCAUGCUGAAGAGGAGGCCGAUGCGGAGCGCCAUGCAUACGGGCGGACGGGAAGCGGAUCAGGGGCGCAGAGCCCCUUGUGCUGUUGAUGCUGCGGAGGCGGAGCGCCAUGCAUACGGGCGGACGGGCAGCGGGUCAGGGGCGCGCAGAGCACCUGCUGCUGGCGGGAUGGCGCCCGCGCAGGCUGCAGCGGGGGCAGGGGGCGUGCGGGGGAGCACACCGGACGCGCUGGAUAGCAAGCGAGGGCUCGGACUCACUAAUGCGCUGUCAGGGAUUCGCUCAGGGUCACGCGUUCGCACUGAGUGUGGAGGGGGGCCGACCAAGGGAGGGAAGGGGGGGGAGGGAAGUUGGCGGGCAGGGGAAGACGAUCCGCAAGACUUUGAAGUGCGACAAGUGCUGCUGGCUGCUGGCGUGUGGGUGCAGAGCAGAUCACGUGGGACAGGGAGGGAGGAGGGAAGAGCUUGGAGUGGUGGGUCAUGGGGGCAGUGGAUGCAAGCUGCAAGAACCAUGGCGUGUGGAGGAGCGGCUUUCAGAGGGGGUAUUGGGGUAAGCUGCUCGCUGUGUGCUCCCGCCUGGUCACAUAGGGCUGAUGGGGAGGGCUUUCACAAGGGCGAGGAGGAAGAAGGGCUGUGA